GAACCUCAUCCCCACCUUCCCAAUUCCUGCUUACACAUGUCAGAGAGAGCCAGAUGGCAGAGGAGGUCUCACCAGGAGAUGGCACCUCUUCCCCUGCUGCCAGCACCAACCAGGUGCCCCAGGCUGUGCCUCCACGUGGUUCUGAGUGCCCAAUCUGCCUGGAUAUCAUUAAGGACCAAGUCUCUGUGAGCUGGUGCAGACACACUUUCUGCUUUUCUUGCAUACUAGAAUGGUCUUGCAUCAGACCUGUUUGCCCAAAUUGCCAGGAGCCUUUCCAGUACCUCUUCCGCAAGGUGGCAGACAACAAUUACGAGGUGUACUACAUUAGGUUUGACAGGCCUAAUCGAGCACAGAGAGCUCGUCGCGGCUCUGCAGGAAGGAGGCGGAAUCGCUUCACAGGCCGCCAGCAGCGCAGCUCUUCCAGCAGGGAGCGUGGCACUGGCCGUGCCAGGACCCGAGAGAGGGAACGAAGCAGGUCCCCGAGGCGGCACCACAGGAGCCACAGCAGGGGUCAGCACGCCCAGGACUACGACUCCUCGAGCAGCAGGAGCCAGCAGCAGAGUUGGGCUGAAGACACGUCUACUGACACCUCUAGCGAUGAGGACCACGCUGAAAGGCCUGAACAGGAUGCCCCAGUCCGCUCGAGGAGGAGCGAGCGCCGCCAGCGAGAACGAGGGGGUUCCUCCCGGGAAUCACGGGUGGCAAGGAGCCGAUCCCAGAGGAGGUCCCGCAGUCCUGACAGGCGCAGGGACAGGUAGCACACCCAACCAAGAAGGGUAAUGCUGUAUAUCCUGCUACUAAUGCCAUGAAUUAGAAAGCUUCACACCAAAACUGCUCCUAC